AUGUCUUUGCGGGGGCUGUGCCCCGUGGCAGAGCACGGCUCCGCUCCUGGCCGCGGCUCCCGGUGCCGUCCCGGGCCUGGCUGCUCUGUGGAGGAACAGGGGUGUCUCCAUCCCUGGGGGCUGCCCCGUGGUGCUGAGCCCCCUCUGGUCUGUGUCCUUGCAGAGAAGGAGGAGAUCGACCACCCCAACAACAGCUUCAACCCCUGCAGCAUCCACGACCGCAAGUGCCUGCAGAAGCAGCAGGCGAAGCGGGUCAACAACGGCAACAAGAUGCGCAACAGCGGGAACCCGUACCCCCGCGAGGAGACACGGCCCAUAGCGCAGGGCUCGUGCCAGAGCGAGCUGCACCGGGCGCUGGAGAGGCUGGCGGCCUCGCAGACCCGCACGCACGAGGACCUGUACGUCAUCCCCAUCCCCAACUGCGACCGCAACGGCAACUUCCACCCCAAGCAGUGUCACCCGGCGCUGGACGGGCAGCGGGGCAAGUGCUGGUGCGUGGACCGCAAGACGGGGGUGAAGCUGCCGGGUUUCCUGGAGCUGAAGGGGGACUUGGACUGUCACCAGCUGGCGGACAGCAUGUGAGCACCACCGCGGCGGCCCCGCGCCGUGCCGCGGCCAGGACAGCCCCCGGGGCUGCGUAGGUGAGGAAGAGAGGGGGACACGACUGCCGAGCAGCUCCCCGGUGCCGGGGGACCCCGCAUCGCCACCACGCUCUGCGCCACGGGCUGCCCACGGCACGGGGCACGGCGCCGCCACCUGUGCCAUGACCACUAGCCACCGCCGCUGAGGGGUCCCCGGCGUAAGCACAGACACUUGUGUGGACAGAUGCUGCCCUGGGAAUGGGGUUGGGGUGCAGCGGGGGGAGAGCCCCCCCUUCGUGCUGCUGCCGCCCCUCGCUGCUGCUCCCGCUGCCCUCCCGCCCCGUGGUGCCCCCCCCCAGCUUUUUCCCCAGCCCCUCUGUGCUGUGUCGUGGCUGGGGGACUUGGAGCUGUGACAGAGGCUCAGCUGCCACCCUGGCACAGCCGUGCUGGUGCCCCGUGGGAUGCCACGGUGCCCCCCUGCCCGCAGUGCCUUGCCGUUCGUGCCAGACCUCAGCAGGAGAAGUGCCUCGUCCUGCUGUGCCAAGGCUGCCUGGGCACGGACCGGGGGAGCCCCUGCCUCUGGGGGGGUCCCAGGGAGACCCCCUUCCUCCACUGCCUGCCUGGGGCCCUCCCUGGCUCCGUCUUGCCCAAAUUAUGUGUGUGUGAUGGGCACCGCAGCCACACCGAGCAAGAAGAGACCUUCCCCCUCCCCACUGCAGCCCCCAGCCCCAUGGAUGGGAACCGCCUGCCCCACAUGGCCCAGGAACCACCUGCCCCCCCAACCCAGCCCCAUCCCAUUCCCCGUGCAGGGACAAAGCCGGUGGCCGCAGCGUUGUCCUCCUGCCCAUCCUGUCCCCCACUGCCCCGUCCCGGGGGCUCGGGCACCCCCAGGUGUGCGUUGUGUCCCCAUGGGCACCGAGUCCACGGGGAGGGCUGGGAGACAAGGACAGCCCAGAAAGCACCUCCCAGCAGGAAGGGCUUCUUUUGGUUUUGUUUUUGGUUGUUUUUUUUUUUUUCCCCAAAGAUUUUUAAUAUUUAAAAAAUGUCAUUAGUGGGGUGUUAAAACCACCCCUGUGGCCCCUGAGGCUCAAAUUCCCCAUCUCCGUGGAACGGGGCGCCGCCGGUGAUGGUUUCUGUCUUCCCUUCUUCCAACUUGGCCAAUGUGACAAAACCGGGACGAAUUUCUGGAACGUCUCAGUGCCGGGAUCCACAGAUUUCGCCAGCGCAAAGUUCUCAGCUGAGACAUUGUCACUAUUUUUGUAGCUUUUUUUUCUUUCUUUCUUUUUUUUUUCCUUGCUUUCUCUUUGAAGCUCUUCCGUGGGAGCCAGCUGGGCUGGAAAUUUUUCACCUAAACGUUUUUUAGGUGAGAAACGGCCGUGCUGGCUGCCACGGCAAGCCUGCCAAAGAUGAUUUUGCUCUUCCCCCCCCCCCACCCCCUGGCUCUGUGGCCGCAGUGGGAGGUUUUGGUGUUCCCUGUGGUUUCUCCCCGGCCACGCUGGCGGGUGCCACGGCCCACAGUGGGGAAAAAAAUGUUUCAGUUUUAGUGAAACACCCUUUUGCCCCCCGUUCCCCAGCGGCUCCGCGGUGGGUGCACGGUGCAGCGGCACCCUCAGCCCGGUGGGCUCGGCCACCCAGACCCCCCCCCGACCCCGACGUAGCCGGGGCAGCACCGGCAGAGCCACAGAGCCUCUCCUGGUUUUGGGGUAGCCGGGGAUGCCGGCGCUCACCAGGGCACGUUCCGUGUCCAGCUCAGAGGGCUCCCAGCGUUUUGUAUCGUCUCUCCUGUAGUUUAAGGCUGUAUUUACACACCAUCAUAUUCCAGCGUAAGGCUCCCCCUCCCUACGCCGACGGGAUUUCUCUCAGUUCCUCCUGGGCCAAGCCCGUCCCUUCGGACUCGCGUGUAGCACCCACUCUCUUUUACAGUAAACUUGAACCUUUGUAUCAUCAAAAAGAAAAAAAAAAAAAAAGGUAA